CACCACUUUACUACUCUAGUCAGAGCGUCCCAGAAGCGUUAAUAGAACCGUGAUGAACACACAAGCAACCGCAUUUAUCACGCCCACAUGCUGAAUGUAAAGCCCUGACAACUAUAACUGCUUUACUAACCGUCACGUAAGCCGACGUGCAUUCUUGAGUUUGCAGGGAGAGGACAAACGAGGGAACAAUGGAAAGUGUUCAACAGUUUCUUCAGGGAGUGGAGCUUGACCACCGGACAGCUGCACUACUGACGGGCGCUGCUUGCGGCAUGGGAGCGCUGGUGGUGCUGGUGCGGAGGGUCAGCAGCCACCAAGAGACGAAGGAAAAGAUCGAGAGAGCCAGAACCCGGAGGGAUGAGAGCCUGCAGCGGGCGGAGCAGGCUGUGCUGCAGUAUAGGGAGUCGCAUCCAAUGACCAACUCUGCUCCCAUCUUGACGCUGUCCCUGUCUGAGCUGACAAAGCAGCUGCAGGAAGGCUUGCUGAGUCCUGAGGAUGUGUUUUACUCUUACAUGGAAAAGACUCUGGAUGUACACAAAAAGCUGAACUGCUGCACAGGGAUCUUGUUAGAGAGCUUUGACCAGCUGAAAAUGGUUUCCUCCAACAAUGAAGGUCUCUUGUAUGGAGUUCCAGUUAGCAUCAAAGAAAACAUUGCAUACAAGGAUCAUGACUGUUCUUGUGGUGUAGUCAUCAAUUUGGAUCAGCCUGCCCAGAAGGACAGCGUGCUUGUUGAAGUUCUGAAGAGACAGGGAGCUAUUCCCUUUGUGAAAACCAACUUGCCCCAAGCUCUAUUAAAUUAUGACUGCAGUAACCCCAUCUAUGGGCAGACCGUAAACCCCCACAACCUCCAGAAGACCUCUGGAGGUUCGUCUGGUGGGGAGGCGGCACUCAUCGGGGGAGGAGGCUCCGUGCUUGGUUUAGGCAGCGAUAUAGGGGGUAGCAUCCGUAUUCCUGCCUCAUUCUGUGGGAUCUGUGGCUUUAAACCAACAUCAGGUCGUUUAAGUUCACAGGGUGUGAGACCCAUUUAUCGAGGGCAAAAAUCAGUGCUGUCAUCUUCUGGACCCAUGGCGAGGGAUGUGGACAGUCUGGCUCUGUGUAUGCAGGCUCUGCUCUGCGACCACAUGUUUUUCUUGGACCCCACUGUUCCACCCAUACCUUUUAAUAAGCAGAUAUACCAGAGCUCCAAAACUCUGAGGAUUGGUUACCUAGAAAAUGAUGGCUACGUACAACCGUCUCCAAGCAUGGCCCGAGGCAUCAGAGAGGUCAAAGCUCUGUUAGAGCAAGCAGGGCACACUUUGGUGCCCUACUCUCCUCUGAAGCUCAGUCAUGUUGCCAAUGAACUGUUGAUAAAGGGUGUCUUAGCAGAUGGAAGUACCACUCUUCUUCAAAACCUGGAGGGGGGCCCUGUGGACCCCUGUCUCAGAUCACAGGUUUUACCUUACUAUCUUCCUAAGUGGUUGAAGAAAACCCUCUCAUUCCUCCUCAAGCCUCUGUCUCCUCGUGGUUCUGCUGUCUUUAAUGCUAUCGCUGGAGUUGGGUCUGUUCCUAAUCUGUGGAAGCAGCAUGCAGCUGUUGAGGACUACAUUUGUGAAACAAUAGAAAACUGGAGAAGAUGCAACAUCGACGUGCUGCUGUGCCCUGUGAUCGGACCAGCCUACAACUUCUUAUACUGCGGCAACGCUACCCAUGCUCUCACUUACACGAUGCUUUACAAUCUCCUCAACUUUCCCGCUGGUGUUGUUCCUGUUUCUAAGGUGACAGCAGAGGAUGAGGAGGAACUCAAGCAUUAUAAGGGCAUUUAUCAGGACUACUGGGACAUGGUCUUCAAACAGGCUGUGUCUGGAGGUGAGGGUCUGCCCGUGGCGGUGCAGUGUGUCGCCUUGCCGUGGCAGGAUGAGCUCUGCCUGCGCUUCAUGAAGGAAGUGGAACAACUCGUCAAACAGAACAGAAAGUAAAGCCUGGAGGCCACAGGUGGAGCUGCUAACCGGCAUGAACUUCAGGUUAUUCAUGCUGUGAAUCACUGAUGAUGCAGGUGCUCUUUUAAGUAGCAAUAACUGCACAAAACACAGCAGCUGUUAACCACAUUAAAACACAGUGAAAUGGGUGAAAGUUAAAACAAUUAAUAUUGUAAUGUAGGUCAUUAUUUGUAAUUCUUAAAUAUUUUUCACUUUUCAGGAUGAACUCAGGCAUUUUCUGGUCUUUGGGUUUUUAGGUUCGUAAUAAAUAACUUUAAUAAAAGCUGUUAAAGGUAAUAUUCAUGGUUACUAAUUAAAAAUGUUUCUUUUCUGUAUUUGUUCGCUUGUGUUUUAAUUCAUUUGUGGACAAACCUCUCGAUUUUGUCUUUUUGUUAAAUUCAGCAUCUUGUUUAGGCAUUACUAGAUGUGAAAUAAGUCUUUGCUCUGUUUUUUCACCCCUGGCAUUGUUUAAUAUUUCACACAAUAGAAAAAAUGUUCACCAUUAGGCAAAGAGACACCUCAACCUCAUUUGAAAAAUGUUGAAAACUAGGAUUUAUAGUGAAUUAUAUUUUCUACUUAAUCAUAUUUGUCUCUUCACAAGAACUGCCUGCUUGUAUUGAUAAUGAUGACUAAGAAUAUAAAAGUAACUUCUUUCUCACAGAGUAACUAGUAGCUACUGCUGUUAUUUGUUUCAACUGUAGAAAUGUUGGAAUUUCUCUUCUUGUCUGGGUCGUGAUACAUUUUGAUUUGAUAUUUCCAGCCUUUAAAACCUGUGCAGUAAAUCUGUUUUUGUUGUUGAAUAUUUAAUGAACUGAGUUUAUAAAGCGUGGUGCAACUUCAAGGCACCCAGCAGCCA